AUGUCUGCAAUACAAAUGGUUUCUGCGAGUGCCAUCAAUUGUAAGCUUCCUUACCAAAUUCUAAGGCAUGAUGAGGCUUUGUCUGAUGAUGAGAGAGAUCUAAGGGUGGUCCUAAGGCCUAAGAAGUGGUGCAGGCUUAGAGGGGUGCCCUUGAGGAGAAGGUUCAAGGUGAAGGUGCCAAGUUGGAGGAGAGUGUGGAUGGUAAGAAAAGUGAUGCUUGUGUGUGCUAAGGUGAAGAGAAGGUUGAAAGAGGGACAGGGUCAUUUUGGUGAUCUCUUUGCUGGGAACUAUGUCUUCACUCAAAUCAACCCAACAUCACUCAAAUACCUUGAAAAGAAGUUGGCUCAAGCAAAAAUUGCUUGA